AUGUCGCAAACAGUUAGCGAAUUCGUCUUCUUCCGGGUGAAACCGUCGGUCAAGCCUGAAGACCCGUCCAGCGAGGAGGGCGAUGCCCUGAUGAGCGUGUUUCGCAAUAUCAAACACUACAGCGGCUAUCAGAGCUCUGCCUGGGGUCGCAGCGCCGAAGACCCCAACACGAUCGUGUGGGUAGUAGACUGGACAGACGCUCGCGGCUCAGUCAACGCGCACCAACUAGACCGAUUCCUCGCGCCGGACAACGCCCAACCGCCGGCAGCACUACACACGACCCUGAACCCGCCGAUCUCCAGCACAGACACGCUAGCGAAGAACCCAGUGACGGAGCUGUGCAUGCUGGGGUUCCCGAGCUCGAUGCCAGCGGCCGAGACCAAGCAGCUGUUCGCGGAUUUGAUCAACUUCCGCACGACGCUGGUCGAGCAGCUGCCGCAGGCGACGGGCCCGCGGUCAUGGGCGAUGGGCCACGUUGACCGGCCCAGUUUGCUGCAGCACGCCAAGAGUCCCAGCGGGCAGGCUGUGAUGCAUCUGUUGGCGGUGGGGUGGGAGAGCGUCGAGGCGCAUAAGAAGGCUAAGGAGACCCAGGAGUUUGUGCAGAGCAUUGCGCCUAUUCGGGAGAAGAUGUUGCCGCCUGUUCCUGGGCUGGAGAUGAAGCAUGUUAGUUUUCAGAAGCUUUGA